CUGGUUGGUGGUGAAGAAGCAGAAACAUCAGGUUUAAAUUGCAGAACAAAAAAGUAUAAACCAUGGCAAAGACAUAUGAUACAAGCUAUUUUCCCAACAAGAUGGACAUUUCUAUUCCAACAGUGGUGUCCGAACUUGAAGAACAUGAUGAACUUCAACAAAGACAACAUGUCUCAUUUUUGGACGCUUCAGGCCCAGAUAGUCAACAUGCGGGCAACGAAAUCUAUGAACUGAUACCACUUCCAGUUCAAGCAGAAAAUGCAGGCUAUGAGCAUGACACAAAAUAUAGUCCUUUUUCUCUUCAUCAAAAUCUGCCAGUAUCAACGGAGUCGACUCUCUGCUCCUCAAAACAAAACAAACCCUUCACCCCUGUUUGCCUUGAAUCAGCGAGAUGUUCAGUCGAGUCGAAGGUUUCUCAUAAAGAUUGUACGAUUUCGCCACAGACUUCCUAUGUACGCAAUACCGACUUUGAUCAGCCAUCUUUUAUCUUCACAAAGGUACAAGGAAUUAUCCGCUUGGCUGAUAUGAAGAGGCCUUUAGAAAAUAUAAACAUAUUUGAUGACUUUCUAGAAAGAGAUGUACAGGGCAAAGUCAUGUUUAGAUCAAGGAAGACUUUUUGGACUGUAUACAGUUUGAUCAACGAUGUCCUCAGAAGUCUGUUCAGUUUUGCUGGAAUUGACAGCAAAGAUAACCUUGAAAUAAUCCGAUUCCUCGGGGGGAAUCCCUUGAUAAGCCACUUCAGAGGAAGAAAGGUACCGCCAUCGGUGACUCUUGAUAUAAGCAUUUCAUCAAGAUUUCGACAGUGGAUGAAUCCCUUGAUAAGCCACUUCAGAGGAAGAAAGGUACCGCCAUCGGUGACUCUUGAUAUUGAAGAUGGAAUGGGCAAUCAAGAAGUAGUUCAUUUGUUCCAAAAACAGCACUCUGCCACUUCUGUCAUUGUUAUUGAGGGACCAAGACAUCGAGGUGGACAAAGCAUUUCAUCAAGAUUUCGACUGUGGAUGAAUCCCUUGAUAAGCCACUUCAGAGAAAUAAAGAUACUGGUACCGGUAGAUGCUAAAUGUGGUAGGGACAAGCGAGGAGGAGCAUUCAAAGAAACUAGUGAGUCUGUCGCAGUUACUCCAGUGAAGACAGCCAAUUGUGAACAGAAAGAGAAAAAUGUUUUGGUGGUAGCCGAGAAGGUAGUAUCCAUAGAAACGUUGGCCCUGUGUGCUGGUUCAGUCCUUGAUGAGGGAAGGUCAAGAGAAGAUAUGAGAACAGUAGAGAUUUCUACCCAGAAUGACCAACCGUUCGAAUUCCAAAUUCCAUUUUCUGCUGAAGAUGUGGGAGAAAGGAGACUGGUAAUUUGGAAGAAAGGAGCUGCACCUCUUGGGCAUGAUUUGAAAUCGCUGUGUCAUCUUGGACAUAAAGCCCCAAUUGAAAAGGAUUUCCUACGAGAUGUCCUGAGUAUUCCUGAUUGCAUCAAGCCUCCACUGCAGAUAGUACAAGUUUACAAUGCCUUUGUACAGAGAGGAUAUGAAGCUGAAUGGAAAAGACUUGCAUCAUUUAAGGACUGUCCUGAACAGAAUUGGUAUCCAGCCAUACCAUUGGCAGAGCAAGGAUUUCACUUCAAGCCACACUCUUCUGUUGUAUGUUAUUUCUGCAAAGGCGAGUUGCACACCUGGGAAAGAGAUUGGGAUCCAAAGCAGAAGCAUGAACCUAAUUGUCCCUUACCAAAUGGUAGGGAUUGUGGUAAUAUUCCAAUGAAACCAUCAAGAGACAAUGGAAAGUACCAGCCAGCUGUUCAGGCAGUCUACAACGAGCUACAGAUUCAAGAACUGCAGGACAAAAACCAAGUUCUCCUGAGGAAUUCAAAACGAUCUUUGGAAUCGUUCAAAAACCCACAGUUACCAGAGUAUCAGAUGGAAUACUUGAGUAUAAACGUAAACCAAGGUCAAGGACAACAAGGACAUGAUGCCAUGGAGGAUGAACCCCAACCAUCAACUUCAUCUCAACAGCAACAAGAAGGAGCUGGGGGACUGCGCUAUUUCGUGCAUUCCUAUGAUGAACAUGGACGCCCAAUCAGUACCUCUCAGAAAAUGGAAUUCAACAGUCAGGAGGAGAAGGCGAAUACCUCCAUGAAGAGGGAGACAGACCGGCUAAAAACAUUUGACAAUGUCUGGAAGAAAGGAGAUGUCAUCUUACCAAAAGAGUUGGCCAAGUCUGGGUUUUACUAUGCUGGAACUGGAGAUCGCGCUCGCUGCGCUUUUUGUAAUGGCGUGUUACGCAAUUGGGCGGUUGGAGACCGGGCACCAGCUGAGCAUAGGCGUCACUACCCUACUUGUCCCUUUGUAUUGAAUCUGGAUGUUGGAAACAUACCUUCUUCCCCAGAUCUGAGUGGUCUUCACACAUCUACUGCCGCCACUACAAAUCAUACCGAGCUGAAUAGACCAGCUGCACGCACCCCAGGACAACAAUCGGCACGAAGCAGUGUUGCCAAUGUUGGUGCUACAACUACCCCUUCGGCAGUUCCUGGGACGAUUUUGGUACCAAAACACUCGAACUUCCGAACCGUAGAAACCCGUCUGCUGACAUAUGAUAACUGGCCCACCUCGAACGUGCAAAGACCGAAGGAACUGGCCGAAGCUGGAUUUUUCUAUACAGGUACCAGUGAUAAUGUGAGAUGCUUCCAUUGUGAUGGUGGUCUCCGUAACUGGCUAGACUCGGAUCUGCCGUGGGUUGAGCAUGCCAAGUGGUUUCCAAGAUGCGGCUACUUGCAGAGAGUGAAGGGAGUCGAGUUUGUAUUGGAAGAGAUGCGCAAACAUAACCAGCAGAACUUCACAACUGCUGUGGCCGAAAAUCGUGGUUCAACAGGACUGAUGACAACACCCACACCAACUCCGGGUGUAGGAAUAGUGGAAAGGCCUUCUACAAGUGGAGUGCGAAGGGUUGAGGCUCGUGAAGUGAGAGCAAGGUAUGACACGGACCGUGUGAAGAUGGUCCUCGAUAUGGGAUACAAGGAAGCUGUGGUGAAAUAUGUCAUCUUGCAGCGCCUCAGAUACACUGGUGAUGACUUCCCCAACACUCAAGAGAUGCUUGAAUCUGUCCUUGCCGAGGAACCCAAUCUAGAAGAGAAAGGAAUUGCCUACUAUGAAAACAUUCUACAAACGGAGUUUGGAAGGCCGAUGACCAUUGUUUACCCACAAAUCACACAAACGCCGUCCCAGGCACCACCUAUGACCCAGUCGACGUCUGCUUAUCUUCCGAUUCCAGGUGAUGAGAAGACUCUCGUUGAAGAAAACCGCCAGCUGAAGGAGCAGACGAUGUGUAAAAUCUGCAUGGAUAAUGAAGUCAGCAUGGUGUUCAUCCCCUGCGGUCACCUGGUAGCCUGCGCAGACUGUGCACCGAGCCUCUCCCAGUGUCCGAUAUGCAGACGAGCAAUUACUGGCACCAUCAGGACCUUCCUGUCAUAGGAACAAGGAGCCUCGUACACAUAGCUAUGACGUGUUCAUCAUCCUGAUGAGGCGAAGUGCUGAAACAGUUUGUUGAUUGUAUUACAUGUAUCAUAAAGCUGUAGGUGAACAAAUACCGUAUAAUCGCGCAUUUAGGCGCAUGUGCUUAUAAACGAAAAUCGCUUGUUUUUGGCCUCUUUCUUACCUGUCCUUUUUCCCGUUUUUUAGCGCAUGCGCCUAUAUUUUUCCUAUUUGGUUUUGACACAGUUAGUAGCGCACUUACGCAGGGUGAGAUACAGCGAUCAGUGUUGACCCUAAUAGCGGCGGCCGCAUCUGGUAUUAGUAUCCUGAUGUAAUACGGCAUGUUUUGGGCCAAAAUACACACGCAGUUCGGCUGGGUAUAUCGGUGAAUCAGUGUACAAUUUAUCAUUUGCUCUGUAGUAGCUGGACAAGAUGGAUAAGGCUAAGCGAAAGUCCUACAGUAUCGCGUUUAAGAAGGAGGUAUUGGCUACGCUGGUCACCAAUGGCGGGAACGUUUCGGCUGCUGCUCGUCAACAUGGAAUCCACCGUAAGAUGGUUCAAACAUGGAGGAAGAAUAGUGACGAAAUCGUAGACUGUGGUUGGAGGGACAAAGGAUUUACAUGCCGCAUACGGAGACGUUUACUCUAUCGUUCAUUUUUGACAUCAUCGGCAUGUACAUUUUUUACCGCAUAUAGGCGCAUGCGCUUAUGUACGGAUAUAAGCGCACCCCCGUUUAUAAGCACAUGCGCCUAAAUGCGCGAUUAUAUGGUACAUGCAUGCAAUGUGGAAAGCUGGCCAUAUGGGUCAAAAUGAGCAGAUCAUCUUUUUGAGUAAAUGCUUUAGAAAGGGCACAAACCAGAAGUAUUAAGGUAGCAGGAAGGGUUGGGCGUUUGUGGUUUCUGAGUCUGAGGGGGUUGGUGUCUGUUGACUGUGCUUUAAGAGAGACUAGGCAUGGCGCCAGUCUCUCUUAAAGCACAGUCAACAGGCAUUUGGUCUCAGUAUUUGGGUUUUGAUUGCCAUGACUGUACCCCUGUAAAAGUCCGAGGAGGAGAAGUUUGGAAUGAUGAAAGCAUUGAAGAAGAAGAAAUGUUAUUAUUGAGGAAAGCAAAAUUUAUUAUGAGACUAGAAGGCAGUGUCCUGACUUGAUUAUUUUGAAAAUGGCGGUCUGAACACAUUAAAAGGUGGAACAUGGCAUUUUAUCGACUUUGAAGUGUUCCGCAGUUAAAGGGAGACUAUAGGCAGCAGCUAGGUAGGCAAGAUAAAGUCAUACAAAUUUGCCAAUAGGGGUCAGUCAUAUCUCUAGGCAUGGCGCCAGUCUCUCUUAAAGGACAGUCAACAGGCGUUUGGUCUUAGUAUUUGGGCAAGUACAGAAUCAAGGCAGCUCAGAGAGCAAUGAUUGAACGAUGCUGUGGACAAGUCCAAGGAUACUGCAUCAGUCACGACCAACUUCUCAUCAGAAAGCGUCACCACCAGCAUAUUCAAUGUUCAAUUCCAACCUGUACCAGUCCAAUGCACGCCUGUCAUGGUCAGCAGUGGUCAGCUUAGCGCGAUAUGGAACAUUCUUCCGAAACUCAAGCGAGGGAAGUCUGCUCAUUAGCCUAUCUCGCGCACUGCUCCUUCUUGUCAAACAUCGUAGUGAAAUCGUGGUACAGUGGGGCGUCCUCGAGGAUUGCAGCUGGUCGGACAGACGUAAGCAUUCAAUAUCAUGUGUCACAUACUGAAGUUGUUAAAAGAAACUUAUCACAAGAAACAAAUUGUAUUCUAGAGUCCGUGACGUAGUUGUGAUUGUUAAAAUGUAUCUGGAUAACCAAUACCUGUAUAUUAGCAAGUGUGGAUACUAUGGUAUUAGGUAUAUGAUAUAAAUCCCUGUUAUGUUAAAGAAGGAAAAAAGUUAUCAAAACCUAGGGUGUAGAUUAGUGCUCUUGAAGAAAAAAGGUGUUGGACCUUUGAAAUAGUAUUUAUUUGCAUUUGACAUCGAAAUGGAUAUUUGCAAGGAGGAAAGAAAUUAUACAAGCCCAUUAUACUUAUAGCUCUGCUUCACACUUCCUGGAAAAUAAAUCCAGUGUCCAUGUUUAUUGCAUGGGAAUGUCAGCAUAUAUAUGACCCGCCAUGGCACGAUGAGUCGCAUGUCUCUCCGAGCUUGACCGGUUGAGACGGACUGGUUGUUCAUUUCACUAUUGUCUGCCUUUUGUGACAUCUUAGUAUAUCAGUUUCUUCUAUUCUGUCCUGGUGUCAUUUAAGGCUCGUCUUCUGUUCGACAUGCGACUCAUUUUGCCGUGGUGGGUCACAUAAUUAUUUACUUUGUGCGUAAUUAGUAUAAGAUGAAAGCAUACAGGGGUAGAUUCAUAUUGUAUUAUGUUUUUUCAUGUGUCAAUACAUAUGGAGUGGCAUACUUGUAGUUAUUAUACGUGUAGUGGAGGUGGUCUUGUGGUAUAGGUUUUAGUUCUAUCAACAAUAUUCAUGAAUUGUUACUAUACUUCUGGCAUGAUACAAAUCUUAUCCACUGGUAGUAUCCAGAGGGUGCGAAUACAGGCAUAUAUAUACAUGUAUUGCUUUGUGUGUACUUGUUAUAAAACGAUAGCACAAUGACAAGGGACAGUUUUUAAAAAGAGAACUAUUGUGACAAUAUUGGGAAUUGCUUACUAUAUCAACACCUUCCUUCUCAAUUGCUCCUUUCCAUUGUUUUAUAAUCUCUAUAUUUUAACCUAUUUGACCCCUGCUAUGAACUUCCUGAUUAGCAGUAGGCACUGUCUGAUAAUCUUGUAUUUAUACAGCUGUAUGCUGAUUGGUUGUUUCUUUAAUUACUGAGUUCUAGUUGACUCAGAGCCUGAUAUUUCGGCUAGGUUAUUUACCCAUUAGGGGUGUGUGAUUACAUAUGAAUGAUGAUGUUAAGAUGUUUCAAGUAAGUCUUGGCAGAGCCAGAAAGCCAGCCUUCACACUCUUUAGCUAAACAAGACAUUUUCCUUGAAAAGCGCCAGAACAUUUUAAUUGACUUCACCCUUGACCUUAUAGCAUGGUAAGAUCCUUUUUUCCCGCGCUUUGAGCAGGGCGACCUGGAAAGGCGCGUUAUAAAUAUUAAAUUGUAUUGUAUUGUAUUGUAUUGUAUUGUAUUGUAUUGUAUUGUAUUGUAUUGUAUUGUAUUGUAUUGUAUUGUAUUGUAUUGUAUUGUAUUGUAUUGUAUUGUAUUGUAUUGUAUUGUAUUGUAUUGUAUUGUAUUGUAUUGUAUUGUAUUGUAUUGUAUUGUAUUGUAUUGUAUUGUAUUGUAUUGUAUUGUAUUGUAUUGUAUUGUAUUGUAUUGUAUUGUAUUGUAUUGUAUUGUAUUGUAUUGUAUUGUAUUGUAUUGUAUUGUAUUGUAUAUCAACUCCUGUUGAUACCUUCUGUGCACCUUAUUUUGUAAUGUUUCAGUGUCGGUUGUAGAUAAGAAGUUAGAGUGAAUGUAAAUACAUAUCAUAGUUGGUUUAGUCUUUGGGUUCGAGUUUAGAGUUGCAAAGUUUAUACGGUGACAAAUAUUGUAAGCUCUUUUACCGCUACACUAUAUUUGGCACUUCAUGUUACACUUGUGUCGUGAAUAGCCAGAAAUUAUCGAUUUCAUGCAGCACCAUUUAAAGCCCACACAUCGUGUUUGAUUUCAUAAGUAUUUCACACUGUAUUAUGUCGUCACUUCAUUGAAUGUCCCAUGUCCGGACAAGGCUGAUAUUAUUAGACAACUGCAUUGAUGAUUUGUCUCUGUACAUGUAAAUAAAUUUGUCAGUGUUAUCAAUUUAGCCUUCUUCGUUUAUACUG